UGCCUUCCCCUCUGCAAAAGUGCAAAUCACCACCGACCUUGCAACCUAAAAGGAGGGAAAAAACAAAAAAGCAAAUCUCGGCCUCCCGUCUCCCCUCCCUGGCCCGUCCUCCUCCCUUCCUCCCCAGCGCGCUCACUCGCUCCCUCGCCCUGCCUCCCUCCCUCCUCCGGCUGCAGCCGCCCUUCUCCAGGCCCGAGUCUCUCUCCGACGGGACUUAGCAACUUCUCGAUUAUUUCUCAGCCCCUUUCCCAUUUUUCCCCCCCGCUUUCCUUCCGCCUUUUGCUAGGAGCUGGACGGACGGCCGUGGCGGAGGCCUUGCGUCCCGCCCCAGGGAAUGGCGAUUGGGGUCUUGGGGCCGUGCCGGGGAGGAGGAUCUGCCGAGGAGAGAAAGAGUGGUAGAGCAAGAGCUGCAGGGAGGACGAGCAGGGGGAAACCUCCCUCCGCCGCGGGCCCGGCGCGCUGCAGCGCCGCGCCGCGCCGAGCUGCGCCCGCGAUGGCUCUGGGCUCGCCCCGCGCUCUCCGGCUCCUCCGGCGCCAGCGGGCCCCGCGCGCGGGACGCCCCGGGCAGCUCUUAAAAUUCUGAAGUGGGAAGAGACCCCGGGAGGAGACCAGCCGGGAGUGGGGGUGGGAGUGGGAGAGUGGGGGGGUGGGGUGGAGCAGGGCAUUUUCACAGGCGAUUCCAAGAGAGAAAAGGCGAAGCCGGUGUGGGCUCGCUUUCCACUUUGGCAAGUCGCUUUGGAGCAUCAAGCAUUCUCCGGGAGUUAUCCGAGAGCUGGAACUUGGCAGCGGACCGCGGGCCUUGGGGAGAAGACGGAGGCAGUGCCGCGGUGGGAUUGGGAAGCUCGGGUGUGCGCGCGGGGCUGUCGGGGCCCCGCGAUCCGGCGAGGAGCGCGCACUAUGGACAAGCCCGGCCCGGGCGGGGCGAGCCAGGCCCCCGCGGCUGCCGGGGACGGCUCCCGUCGUCGCCCGAGCUCCGGCUGCAGCGGCUGCUGGGGCGCCCUGGUGCUGCGGCCGCUCCGGCGCUCGCGGAAACUUUCCUCGGCGCUGUGCGCGGGCUCCCUGUCCCUUGUGCUGGCGCUGCUGGUGAGGCUGGUCCGCGGGGAGGUCGGCUGUGACCUGGAGCUGAGGAAGAAGGAGGCGGCGGAGGAGGAGGAGGAGGAAGCUGCCCCGGGAGCAGAAGGGGGCGUCUUCCCCAGCCCUCGGGGAGGCGCUCCCGGGGGCGGCGCGCCGCUCAGCCCCUGGCUGCAGCCCUCGGCGCUGCUGCUCAGUCUCCUGUGUGCCUUCUUCUGGAUGGGCUUGUACCUCCUGCGCGCCGGGGUGCGCCUGCCUCUGGCCGUCGCGCUGCUGGCCGCCUGCUGCGGGGGGGAAGCGCUCGUGCAGCUCGGGCUGGGCGUCGGGGAGGAUCGUUUACUCUCGCUGCCCGCCGCGGGGGUGGUGCUCAGCUGCCUGGCCGCCGCGACAUGGCUGGUGCUGAGGCUGAAGCUGGGCGUCCCCAUGAUCGCCUUGACUAGCGCGGUCAGGACCGUGUCCCUCACUUCCUUGGAGAGGUUCAAGGUCGCCUGGAGACCUUACCUGGCGUACUUGGCCGGCGUGCUGGGGAUCCUCCUGGCCAGGUACGUGGAGCAGAUCUUGCCGCAGUCGGCGGCUCCGAGGGAGCAUCUGUGGUCCCGGCUGCUUGCGGGGACCAAGGAGGACAGCCCGGGGUUUAAGCGGAGGCGGCGGUCCAGCUCCGUGGUGGCGGCCGAGAUGUCGGGCGGCGGCAGCAAGUCCCACCGGAGGACCUCCCUGCCCUGUAUACCGCGGGAACAGCUCAUGGGGCAUUCAGAAUGGGACCACAAACGAGGCCUAAGGGGCUCUCAGUCUUCAGGAACCAGUAUCACUGUGGACAUAGCUGUGAUGGGUGAGGCUCACGGGCUCAUUACUGACCUCCUGGCAGACCCCUCUUUGCCACCGAAUGUAUGCACGUCCUUGCGGGCAGUAAGCAACCUGCUCAGCACGCAGCUCACCUUCCAGGCAGUACACAAGCCCCGGCUGAACCCUGUCAUUGCCUUCAGUGAAAACUAUACCUGUUCUGACUCUGAAGAAAGCGCUGACAAAGACAAGCUGGCUAUUCCCAAGCGCCUGAGAAGGAGUUUGCCCCCUGGCUUGUUGAGACGAGUUUCAUCCACUUGGACAACCACCACCUCUGCAACAGGUCUGCCCACCUUGGAGCCUGCACCAGUACGGAGGGACCGUAGUGCCAGCAUCAAACUCCAUGAAGCACCUUCACCCAGUGCUGUUAGUCCUGAUUCUUGGAAUAACCCCAUGAUGAUGACCCUCACCAAAAGCAGAUCCUUCUCUUCAUCCUAUGCUGUUUCUGCCGCUAACCAUGUAAAGGUUAAGAAGCAGAAUCGACCAGGUGCCCUCUCUAAAAUUUCACCUCCUUCGUCCCCUUGCUCCUCACCUCUCCAAGGGACUCCUGCCAGCAGCCCGGUCAGCAAAAUUUCUACAGUGCAGUUUCCAGAAUCUGCUGACACAGCCGCAAGACAAGGCCCAGGUUCUCACAGGGCCUUAAUUUGCACUCAGAGUGCCCCAGAUCUCUCCCCGCAGAUCCUGACUCCACCUGUGAUAUGUAGCAGCUGUGGCAGACCGUAUUCUCAGGGGAAUCCUGCUGACGGGCCCCUGGUGGAAAGUGGCACAGCCCAACGGACACCGAGCAGAACAGAUGAUACUGCUCAGGUUACCUCUGACUAUGAAACCAAUAACAACAGUGACAGCAGCGACAUUGUACAGAAUGAAGACGAGGCCGAGUGCUCCAGACAGCCUCUGAGGAAAGUGUCGGGCUGCAGCACCUACACUGCUGAGACCAUGCUGUUCCUGGACAAACCAAUCCUUGCUCCUGAACCUCUUGUCAUGGAUAACCUGGACUCAAUUAUGGAACAACUAAAUACCUGGAACUUUCCAAUUUUUGAUUUAGUGGAAAACAUAGGAAGAAAAUGUGGUCGUAUUCUUAGUCAGGUAUCGUACAGACUCUUUGAAGACAUGGGCCUCUUUGAAGCUUUUAAAAUUCCUGUUAGGGAAUUUAUGAAUUAUUUUCAUGCUUUGGAGAUUGGCUAUAGGGAUAUUCCUUAUCAUAACAGAGUCCAUGCCACUGAUGUCUUGCAUGCCGUUUGGUAUCUCACAACACAGCCUAUUCCAGGUCUCUCCACUGUGAUUAACGAUCAUGGAUCAGCAAGUGACUCGGAUUCUGACAGUGGAUUUACACAUGGACAUAUGGGCUAUGUAUUCUCAAAAAUGUACAAUGUACCCGAUGACAGAUAUGGAUGCCUGUCUGGGAAUAUCCCCGCCUUAGAACUGAUGGCUCUCUACGUGGCUGCAGCCAUGCAUGACUACGAUCACCCAGGAAGGACUAAUGCCUUCCUGGUUGCAACAAGUGCUCCUCAGGCAGUGCUGUAUAAUGAUCGUUCAGUUUUGGAGAAUCAUCACGCAGCGGCUGCGUGGAAUCUUUUCAUGUCCCGGCCAGAAUACAACUUCUUGGUUAACCUUGACCAUGUGGAAUUUAAGCACUUCCGUUUCCUUGUCAUCGAAGCAAUAUUGGCCACUGACCUGAAGAAACACUUUGACUUCGUAGCCAAGUUUAAUGCCAAGGUAAAUGAUGAAGUCGGAAUAGACUGGACCAAUGAAAAUGAUCGUCUACUGGUCUGUCAAAUGUGCAUUAAGUUGGCGGACAUUAAUGGACCAGCUAAAUGUAAAGAGCUCCAUCUUCAGUGGACAGAGGGUAUUGUUAAUGAGUUUUAUGAACAGGGUGAUGAAGAGGCCAGCCUCGGGUUGCCCAUUAGCCCCUUCAUGGACCGUUCUGCCCCCCAGUUGGCCAAUCUGCAGGAAUCCUUCAUCUCACACAUUGUGGGGCCCCUGUGCAACUCCUAUGACUCAGCAGGACUGAUGCCCGGAAAAUGGGUGGAAGACAGUGAUGAGUCAGGAGAUACCGAUGACCCCGAAGAGGAAGAGGAGGAAGCAGAGGCAUCCAAUGAAGGUGAAGCCUGUGAAAACAGCGAAUCUCCACGAAAGAAAGCUUUCAAAAGGAGGAAAAUCUACUGCCAAAUAACUCAGCACCUCCUGCAGAACCACAAGAUGUGGAAGAAAGUCAUCGAGGAUGAGCAGCGGUUGACAGGCAUAGAAAAUCAGUCCGUAGAGCAGACCCCUCCACAGCAGUCCUCAGAAAAGAUCCAGGCCAUCGAGGAAGAAGAGGAGGAGAAAGGGAAGCCGAGAGCUGAGGAGAUCCCAACCCCACAAUCCAACCAGUGACAAUGGAUAGAUGAGCUGUGUUUCCAAACACACUGACUUGCCGCAGACUCUCUUCAAGCCAGCACAACUCUUAGACACAACACUGUAGAGGAAUGAGAAGAUGGGCAAACGCCUGUUCCAUUUGGGGACUCUUCACAUUUUCUGUGUUAUUUUUACGGUGAGGUACAUUGUUUAAAACUCUUGCUCAAAGAAGCUUUCACAUUGCAACACCAGCUUCUAAGGAUAUUUUUUAAGAAGGAAAUAUAUCCACGUGUCUGUGUGUACAUAAGCUCCCACGUAGAUACACACAAAUUCAUAUGUGUGCACACAUACACACACCCAGCACACACACACCACACUGAAAGCCAGGAUUACUGGCUCCACACGUAGUAACGUUCAUAUUUAUAUAGUGGUCACUGUGAUAUAAUAGUUCAUAAAAGAAAACCAGUCAUGAAGGAAAUGGUGCAACUUAGCAAGGGAACAGGACAGCCAGUGUUGGUUACCCACUAAGCAUCUUCAGCUCUUAGCACUGAGGGCUGAAAGUUCUAGAGCAUUAUUUGAGUUGGGGUACAUCCUGCCAACAGAGUGUGUGUGUGCGUGUGUGUGCAUGCACAUGUGCACAGAUGUAGGAGAUAUUGUUAGUGUUUGAGUAGUUCAUAGAGUAGCUGCAGCAGUCGACUCAGUACCACAUGAACAAAUAGAAGGGUGUUCCCUCUGAGAGGUCUUUCGGAGACAUCCAUCCAAAUGCCCUCCUUGAGUUUCAGUAAAGGUCCCGUUGCUGAUGGAGUGUGUUUGCAGGCCUUGCAAUUGGUACUACUGCUGUCUACCACUUGCAGGCACUCUGUCACCAGCCUCAUAUCGGAACAUUUGAGGCACUGUCCAGUGGACCUCAGAGAAAUGCUCCUAUGAAGGGAAUGGGUAUUCUAUAUUCAUAGACACCUAAGGAGGACCUGGAGUCAGGUCUUUUAACACAAUUAAAAUUCUACGAAGGAUGCUAGAGAAAGCCUGGGAAAUGACACUUCAUAGAGAUCUCUUGUAUCAUCUUCAUUUGCUGCAAAAGGCAUGGUAGACGAAGAAAACAGGUAACGGGAAACCCACUUUGGGUUAUGUAGAGAGAUGAAGGAGAAAGUUUCAAUCAAGGGUUUCUAUGGUGAUGGAAAGAAAGCCCGGUCAUGGAUACCUGAUGGAGAUUGGCUUUGGGUAUGGAGAUCCCAGUGAUGACCCCUGUUUUAGUCCCUGUGCUGUGUGAUGAAGUGGUCUCUGUCUGCAGACUGGCCCAUUUUCAUACGUUUGACAGGGAAGGUUAGAAAGGGAUUGUGUAGGGAUAGGGCUGUUGAUGAAAGCCUUUUUUUUUUUUUUUUGGUUUGUUUGUUAUCUACACUUGUUUAUGCUGUGAGCCAAACCUCUAUUUAAAAAGUUGAUAUUCACUUUCAAUAUUUUAUUUCAUAUUAUUAUAUAUGUCUUGAAUAGUACCUUGAUGUAAAUAUAAAGAUUUUUUUUCUGUAGAUAGCAAUUCUUUUUUUUUAAAGGCGGGAGGGAAACAUUUUUAUAAAGUUAUAUUUUAAUCACCAUUUUUAUACUUUGUAGCUGUCUCCAAGCCCAUUAAGAAAGCAAUGAUUCAUUUGCAUGGAGGUCUAUGGACAGCCACUCAUCUACCUAUUCCAAUGUAAUGGAUAAUUUGAUAGCUUUUUUGCCAAUGUAAUGAGAAUGCUGCAAAGAAUAUUGUUUUUGUACCCACUAAUAUCUUCUGCUAACUCAAUGAAUUCUGGGUCCAUGAGUCCAAGGUGAAAGACUUUUUUAACCAACACCAAAUUUUUAUGGUUGGUGUCUAUUUCUUUUCAACAUUUUUUUUCCUUGUUCUAACUCUUCCUGUGAUCCUAUAUACUCAUCAUCCAAACAAGGAAAUCUUGGUUGAGAUUUGUGCUUUCACUUCCUCUGAAGUCAUAGAAAGGAGAGCUUACCUUAAAAGUACCUUUGUUAACUCGUGAAUGGAUAUUGUAUUCUUCUUGUUGGAAGUGUGAUUUUUAUAGUAAUCCAUGAAAGUUGCCAAAUAAGGUGAAGACGAUGCAUUAAAAAAUAAACAUGGUUUCAAGACAGAUUUUUCAGUAAGUGGGAAAAUAUAGUGGAUCAAAUAAAUGCAGACUCUACCUAAAUAAUUAGAAUUUUUUUCAGUGUAUUUCUGAGUUAACACCAGGUCUUCAUUAUUGAGGAUUUACUUUGUUGUUUCUGUUUUCUUGGUACUGUCUAUGUGUCUGCAUGUUUGCAAAAAUUGCUGUGAGUCAAAUACAUUUCUCCAGUGAAUUUAACUGUUCUCUUUCCUUUGUGAAGAAGAGAGGAAAAAAAAAAAACCAUUUGUACUCACAUACCUCUUGCAUCUAAUUACUUAACAAAACUGAUCUUGCCCUAUGCAUCUCUAAACAGAAAUUGAGGGACAAGCUAGGUGUGAUGGGAGUAGAAUUGGCAGGACCAAUGUGAAAUCAUAACCACAUAUUGGCUGUAUUGUUAAAGCUGCAUGGCCCAUGUAGGGAGCAGCCUGGUGUCACAGUGGAAGUCCCAGAAAACUGCCUGAUUUUGUUUCUUUUGUUUUAAAGAACAUGAAAUAGUAGGCCAAAGCCAUUGGAACCUCUUUAUCCCAGAACUGUGUUUAUUAAACCAAGCUGAUUGUAAUUUCUUCUUCAAAAGUAGAUUACUAUUAUAUUAAAGCUAGAAGUUAUUUGACAAUUUGAGAGAGAUGGAGAUCCACUGAGUGUAUGACUUUGAUACACACCCAGUAUAUCUCAAGGGAUGCCUAGGGGCAUAAGAAGUAUUUAAUACUAGUGAUGUUUCCCCAUCUUCUUUGGUGACAGCAAUAUUACUGUGUUCACUUCCAACUCCAAAGCUUAUUUCCUGUGGUGCCAAUGUGUUUGUUGGAAUUUACUACAUUUUUAUAUGAGCCUACUUACAGGUGCCAUUAGAUAAACUCAGGUCUUUUAAAUGAAGGAGUUUCUAGCCCACUUAUGGAAGAGUAUACUUGUAUAGAAAAUCAUAAAAUUAAUGGUAAGAAAGGUUGGAACUGGUUAGCUGGAAGCUAUGGUCCUCUCUGUUAAGUGAAAGACCAGCUAUGUUCUGAGUGUCAUUGGUAUCAUUUUCAGCAUACUUAUAGAAUGUCUUUUCUGUGAUCUCUCUACUCUCAUGUUUAGAAUGUUUCUUCCUUGAUGAAAACACUACUUUUGCUUUUUUUUCUGAACUAUAAAAUUAUUUUUUGUCAUUUAUAUAAGACCUGGUUUUGCUCUUAGCAAAAGAAGGAGGCAGUAGCACGGUCCAGAUACAUCUAUGUUGGUCUUCAUCUGACAAGUGAAGGUAUUCUUCAUAGUAUGUUUAAGAGUAUCCACAAAACAGAAUGCCAACUUCUGUCUGUUGAAUUCCAGAACAAAUCCUACCUAUUGCAAUUCUGGUAACAUUAAGGAGAAGAAAUUAAAUGUCCUGAAGACUGUUCAUAUUAGAUGUAUGUAGGCUGUUGAUUUGCCAUUUCCUUAUGCCCCCUUCCUGUCUUUCCCAGAGAACUUUCUUUGAUGGUAAAAGCUGUGCAAAAGACAUGAGACUCAGGCCUAUUCUUUGUUUAAAUGAUGGAAAAAUAUAAAUUAUUUUCUAAGUAAUAAAAAUAUGAAAAUUAUCAUCAUAAAUAAAGUCUAAAGUUUGAAAUGA